AUGCCGGUGCAGACACGCAAUGCUACACACGCCUCUAGCAUGAAUUCCAGUCAGAGUCCUCGCGUUCCUCGAAGACAAAAGCGAACGAAGAAAGGCAAAAAUGAAGACAUCAUUGCACAAAAGACGGAAGUGAAAAUGGAACACGAGGUCGGCGAGAAACGCGAAGCUCCUGAGCUUGACAUAGUGGAAGAGACAGAGGCGAAGAAGCCGAAGAUAGAAGAAGAAGUCGACACAAAUAAAUAUGCAUUCACCCCAGGGGUAAUCGAGCGUGGACAUAUAUACUUCUUCUACCGCCCGAAAGUCCAGCGGGAAGAAGUUCAUUCUAUAAACGAUGUUAGCAAGCUCCACGUCCUCCUUGUACCUAGUCCAUCCCAGCUCAGCGUGCACGGCGAAAGUGGGAGCAAAGAUGUCUCCGGUGCAGAUGCGGACGAGAUGAACCUCGUGGCCCAAGGCGCAGACGCCGCGCCUGCGCCUGAAUCAACGAACAAGGAGAAAAAAUACUUCCGCUUGAUCAUCGUCGGCAAGAAAAAACUCCCUGAUCCUGAACACGAAAAACACGCCCCCAUUUGGGCGACGGUAAUAUCCGUGGGCGACAAUCUACAUGACCUGGAGGAGCGGUUGGGGGAAAGGACUUAUGAGACAAAGACUCGGGGUACACGUCACAUAGGACCUGUUCGCCUCGCAGGCCGUGGGGUGUAUGCAAUCGUCAAUUCACAAGGGAAUGUUCCAUCAAGAAAUGCGACUCACCUUGGAUACCACCUUUCACACCCGACCGAGUUGGGAGAUGUCCAGAAAGCACUCGGGAUUCACAUAGCCUCCUCUUUCGUAAUCCAAGUCAAGAAUCCCAAAGCAGAAGCUCCGGCUGGUCAACGUGUAGGAUUGCCCAAAAGUCGACGUGCAAUUUAUUCAGAAGACAUCAUGAAAUACGUGUUUGGAAGGGGUGAAAAAGGACGUUCGUCGAUUGGACUUCGAUUCACUAAUUGUAACUGUAUUGAACUUCUUGGCCACGAAGGCGCUGAAUUGCUUCUCAUCCCCGCCCGUACGGGAACGGAAGGAAAUGAUCAGAGCCUCGGAGAUGGGCGGGGAGAAGCUUUGGAAGAAGUUAGCCGCCGUGAAUCGGAGGAGCAAGUCGAACGCAUUUUCAAGGAAUUGGCCUUUGAUAAGGACCGCUUCCCGGCAGAGCCUCUCAAAGGGGAGUGGAUCUAA